CCUGCGCGCAGAGACUCUUAGCGUCGCUUCCUCUCUCGCUCGAGUUCCAGCGCGCAAGUCGGGCGAUGUGUGCCCGUUGAUGUUGUCACAAAGGGACAACGUCACUGGGGGUGGAGGAGCCGGAGUGGGCAGCGGGGCGGCGGUCUGAAGCUGUGAGGCGGCUGAGCUGAGCCAUAUCUUCGGUCGCCUGGUGAACGGCUCGGCACCAAGCGCGCAGUCCGCGGAUACUGGAAGUCCCAGCAGAAGCAAUGGCUAAUGAGGGAACAAUGUCUGGAGGUGACACUAUUGAUGCAAAGUCCAGCACAAUCGGUGAAGGAAGCCAAAAACAGUUUGCCGAUGAAGUGGGUAGAAAAUCUGACGAUCCAGCUAUGAAAUAUAACAUGAACUACCAACAUAUUGGCACAUGCAUCAUUUUUAACAAUAAGAAUUUCCAUCCAGGAACAGGCAUGACUAAACGCAGUGGUACAGAUAAAGAUGCUGGUAAUUUGAUGAAGACUUUCAAAAACUUGGGUUUUCACGUUGAAGUUCAUAAUGAUCAGACGUGUGAACAGAUGUGUGAAAAGCUAACUAGUGUUGCCAAGAAUGAUCACAGCCAAGUGGCGGCUUUCGUCUGUAUUUUUCUUAGUCAUGGAGAAGAAGGAUUGCUGUAUGGAACAGAUGGCUGCGUAGAAAUUAAGAAAUUCACUAGUAUUUUUAGAGGAGAUCAAUGCCGAUCUCUAGUUGGCAAGCCAAAGUUGUUUUUUAUACAGGCCUGUCGAGGAAGUGAAUUUGAUGGAGGUGUUGAAACAGAUGCAGUUGAAGUGGAUAGCAAUGAAGUGAGUGCAUCCCUGCAAAAAAUACCUAUAGAGGCUGACUUCAUGUAUGCUUAUUCCACAGCACCUGGCUAUUACUCUUGGCGAAAUACAAGCAAUGGUUCCUGGUUUAUUCAGUCAUUAUGCCAUGUACUGGAUAAAUAUGGCAAGAAGCUUGAACUCAUGCAGCUGUUGACCAGAGUCAACAACAAAGUGGCACUAGAAUUUGAAUCUAAUACUGAUGUAGUGCACUUCCGUGCAAAGAAACAAAUUCCUUGCAUCAUUUCUAUGCUAACAAAGGAAUUUUAUUUUACUUAAGACAGCUGUAGAAAUGUAUGAAAAUUGCAGAAAUUCUAUGCAGAAUUAUUUCAAAAGUAAUUUUCUUAGACUUUAUAAUGAUUUGCCUGUCAGCAGAGAAAAUAUCCAUUUUAACCAAGAUAGCCAUUCAUAUUGUUCUGUACUGGUUAUUUUGAUUCUCAAACCUAUUCUGUUAAAUAGUUGAAUAUAAUCUUUUCCACAAAUUUGGAAGUUAUCUGUUUGAGUUUCAUUAAGAGCAAAGUGCUAGAUUUUAAAGACUUUUUAAUUUUAAAAGGACUUCAUUAUAAAUUUAGUGGAAAAGUUGCUUUUGAUAAAAUUAUGGUUUGAUGAACAUAACAUAUUGUGAAUAUGUAUGAACAGAUCAUUGUUUUUCAGUUUUUCAUAACUGACUUGGGUACAGUUAAGCAGCUGGACUUGGUUUAUUUUCACCUCAAAAUUGGCAGUUCAAGCUGCAGUUGAGAGAAGUGAAAUCUGGAUGAUGUUUCAGCAUGCAGGGGUAAAGCUAAACUGUUAAAUUGCCAUCUUUUAAACAAGGAUUUAAACAAAGGCCCAGUCUUGACCCUGCUUCCCUCUAAAUCUCAUGGCACUAUUCAAAAUCAACCAAGGAAUUCUCCAAAUGUCUUGGCCAACAUUUGUGGACCACAUUUGCUCGUUUUAAUAUCACUAAAAUAAAGUAAUUGAUCAUUUAUUGUGCAGCCAUUUGCAGGAUUGGCUGCCAUGGUUAACUCCAUUGCAACUACUUACAUUUCAAAAGGAUUUUAUUGGCUGUGAAGUAUUGUGAUAUCUUUGGGUAAUAAAAGUUGCUAAAUAAUAAAAGUUUGAAUAUUUGAGUGGAGGUCUGCUGACUAAUUGUUCAGCAAUUGCAUACCCAACUUCUCAGGAAAAUUUUUUGCUAUCAGCUUCAAAGGUUGGAGGUAUCUGACCAAACUAUCAUCUAUGUUGUUCGACAUAUCCAAGUACUAAAAUAUGCAACUCUUGCUCUAUGUGCAAUUCUUAUAAAACAAAGUCAGACUACAAAUCCAAGUUAAUCAUAGAAGUCUGUAUCUUUCACAGUGUAUUUAGACAGUCUUAGUAUGGGAUUAGCAAGACUGAAAUCUUGAAUAGGUAACAUACAUUCUGAAAACCUUUUCCUUAGUUUGUCACCCAGAAUUCAGUGUUAUUUCCUGCUGAAUGAUGAGCGCAACCAACCAGCAUCUCCAUUGGACUCUUAGCCUCAGUGUGGUCAUUUGUUAAUCUCUGAUCUGUGUCUUUUUCUCCUUUCCAUCUUGUGGAGAGGAUGGGAAGUUUAGCCAUUGAGUUUGAUUCAGUGCCUUCCCCUCAUGAUAAUUGAUAUCAUGGAUAUAAACCUCUUCUUCAGUGGUAGGCACGGCAAAUUUAUACAUUAAAAAUUGUUUAAUGAAUUCAAAUUGUAUUUGUCUUUAAAUAUUUCAAAUAUUGUUUACUGAAAGUAUACAACGUCUUGUUAAUUUAGCACUAUGACUAAACUUCAAAGUGCUUGGUAAAUUUUGAAUAAAAAUUCAUUGAUGACAAACAUUGCAAAAGAUAUUAUUU